GUAUUUUUAAUAUCAAGGUCGUUUUAAUCAACGUUAGUUUGUCGGUUUUUUAGAAUUUCACUUAGAUUUUUGCGCAAAUCUUAAUGGAGAAGUCACUAAAGCGUAAAGUAGAGUUUGAUGACAAAAAUGAGGUGAUAGAUGAGUCUGAACCAGCAACUAGAAGAUUCAAGGAAAACCAUACUUUAGAUUCAGACGACGAAGAUAAGGAUUGUAAGAAUUAUGAUGUCUUAAAUGAGGAUGAUAUAGAAGGCCAAGAGUCGGACCCCGAAACUGGUUUUGACGGCGAAACCAAGUUAACACCGUUUAACAUGAAAGAAGAACUUGAAGAAGGUCAUUUCGACAAACAAGGCACCUAUAUUUUCGAGAAGGAUAAAGAGGAAGUGAAAGACGCCUGGAUGGAUAAUAUAGAUUGGGUUCGUGUGAAAGAAAGGGAAAAAAACACAAUGGAGGAAGAAGAUAAUGAUGAAGACGAUUCUGACAACGAAUUAGAUAAAAGGAAAAUUUUCACCGGAAUGCUAAAAAUAAUGAAACCGGGCGAAAAUGUGUUGCAGGCUUUAAAAAGAUUGGGCGGUAAUUCACUCAAUUCAGCUAGCGCACGUUGGUCAAAGAAAAAACCAAAAAAGACAACUGAAGAAAGUACAGCUAAUAAAGAAGCAUUAUUGGAGCUAACUGGUUAUGCUGAUGAGAUGUUAACUGAUGGGGAAACAGAAAUAUAUCAAUAUACUUUUGAAAAGUUAACGCAUUGCGUUAAAAGUCUGGAAGAGAAAAUGAUUGACAAACCGCUUCCAGAUCCUCAGAAACCAGUUGACGAAGAUCUAGAUAUAUUUGGUGACGAAAUGUCUAAUAAUGAAUCAAAGAGUAUUGAUACUGAAGAAAAGAAAGAUAGCGACGACGAAAAUGGUGUUAUGUGGGAGUACAAAUGGAAGGAAUCAGACACCGAAUUAAUCGGGCCGUUCUCUUCAAAGAAAAUGCUUAACUGGUGUGAAAGUGGAUUUUUUAAAGCAGGCGCGUUAUGCAGAAAAGUUGGCUCUACUGGUGGAUUUUAUCCAACGUCACGGAUUGACUUUGAUAUUUAUGUGUGA